UUGGGUGAACGAAGCACUCCAAAUUUCUUCUUUGGCUCUCUCUCUACUCUCUCUCUCUCUCAUCCGAAACCUGAAUCUGGGAUCAUUCUCCUUUGCUUUCGAAUCGAAGAGAUUGUUCGGAGGUUUUUGUUUAUCGCGCUUUUCGAUUCGGUUUGUGGCCUUUGUUUGCUCCCAUGGCGAUCAAGGAGGAGACCGAGAGUUGCGGCAGCAGAGCCGUGGUGGCGCCGCAGCCGAAGGAAAACCCUAGGCAGCACAGGAUGAAGCUCGAGGUGUACGGCGAUGUUCUCCGUCGAAUCCAGGAAUGUAACUACGAAGAAGCCAAUCUCCCUGACUUUGAGGAUCAGCUUUGGCUCCAUUUCAAUCGGCUUCCUGCUCGAUACGCUCUGGAUGUUAAUGUUGAGAGGGCAGAAGAUGUCCUCACACAUCAGAGAUUGCUGAAAUUGGCAGAAGAUCCUGCGAACAGGCCUGUGUUUGAAGUUCGUUGUGUCCAGGUUUCUCCCCCAUUUAAUGGAAAUACUGGUUAUUCUGACCCUUUGGACCCUGCGGUGAAGGAAGAUGCACAAAGCUCCUACAAUUCGAGUAGGCCAGGGUACACAGUUAUCAAUGUUCAUGCCCCUCCCACUUUUGGUCCUUCCCCAAAUUUCGAGGCGAUUACGCAAGGCAAUGGACAUCAUGUUGAAGACGUAGAUAGUGCUGUGAAUUCGACAUCGCAGAAUUCUCGACCUAUGCACGAGAUCACCUUUUCAGCAGUUGACAAACCGAAACUUCUAAGUCAGUUAACUUCUUUGCUUGGUGAGCUUGGCUUGAAUAUUCAAGAGGCUCAUGCGUUUUCCACAGCGGAUGGUUUCUCUCUGGAUGUCUUUGUUGUUGAUGGUUGGUCACAUGAGGAGACAGAUGGUCUAAAAGUUGCAUUGAGGAAGGAGACACGUAAGCUUAAGGAUCAGUCUUGUCCAAAACAGAAAUCAAUUGCUUUCUUUGAGCCUGAAAAAUCGAGCAAUUCUUUACCUGCCUGUGUUGAAAUACCCACGGACGGAACUGAUGACUGGGAAAUUGAUAUGAGACAACUGAAAAUUGAAAGCAAAGUAGCGUCUGGGUCAUUUGGGAACCUUUACAGAGGUACCUAUUGCAGUCAGGAAGUAGCCAUCAAAAUCCUCAAACCUGAGCGUGUAAAUGCAGAAAUGCUGAGAGAGUUUGCUCAGGAAGUAUAUAUAAUGAGGAAAAUCCGGCAUAAAAAUGUUGUUCAAUUAAUUGGUGCUUGCACACGAUCUCCAAACCUCUGCAUUGUGACUGAGUUCAUGGCUCGGGGAAGUAUCUACGAUUUUCUACACAAACAGAAAGGCGUUUUUAAGAUUCAAUCUUUGCUCAGAGUGGCCAUUGAUGUCUCAAAAGGAAUGAACUAUCUGCAUCAAAACAAUAUUAUUCAUAGGGAUCUUAAGACAGCCAAUCUUCUGAUGGAUGAGCAUGAAGUUGUCAAGGUUGCCGAUUUUGGGGUUGCUAGAGUGCAGACACAAUCAGGGGUCAUGACUGCCGAAACAGGGACUUACCGAUGGAUGGCUCCGGAGGUCAUUGAGCACAGACCCUACGAUCACAGGGCGGAUGUCUUCAGCUUUGGGAUUGUGCUGUGGGAACUCCUGACAGGGGAACUCCCUUACUCUUACUUGACUCCACUACAAGCGGCUGUUGGCGUUGUCCAGAAGGGACUGAGACCCAAAGUUCCGAAGAACACCCACCCGAAACUGGCGGAACUUCUCGAGAAAUGCUGGCAGCAGGACGCAACUCAAAGACCCGAUUUCUCCGAGAUCAUAGAAAUGCUUCAACAGAUAGCCCGCGAGGUUGGAGAGGAGGACCGACGCAAGGAUAAACAACAGGGAGGAGGAAUCUUUUCAGCUCUAAGGAAGAGCCAUCACUGACACUGACACCUUUUAAGAUGGGCCGAUCCCGAAACUCGUGAUCUGAUCGGUUCGCGGAUACAUCUGCUCACUCUUUACUUUUUGUCUUUUAUUCUGUACAGUUUGUUUUUUUUUUUAAAUGGAGGAACCCCCGCUUCAACUGUAGAUCAUCAUUCUCCAUUUAGCUCUCGGUUCUCGUUCCUCAUAUGGCGUCUUUUUUGCAUAUUCAUUUGGCUAAUGAACAAAAGAAAAAAAAAUAGAUAAAAUCCGAUUUCCAGGUACUACUAC